AGCAAUAGUGAAAUUAGCAAUUUCUCACUAAAAAUGGAGUAUUAUUGGUUACUAUUAGCCCUAAUUUCUACACUCGCAACAGCCUUCAUCUCAAAGCUAUUCAAACCUUACCGGCAGCCGCAGCAAAAACUCCAGCUGCCCGGUCCGAAACCAUGGCCUAUAAUAGGCAAUUUGCACCUUCUUGGCUCAAUCCCACAUCAAUCCCUCCACCAUUUAUCCCAAAAACACGGCGAAAUCAUGCUACUGAAAUUCGGAAAAUUCCCAGUUGUGGUCGCAUCAUCGCCCAAGAUGGCCGAGCAGUUCCUCAAGGUGCACGAUGCAGCCUUCGCCUCGAGGCCUCCUGCCCUGGCCGCCGGCAAACACAUCAGCUACAACAACUCCGACAUAUCCUUUUCUCCCUAUGGUCCAUACUGGCGAGAAGCGCGUAAAAUACUCAUGUCUCAGCUUCUGAACACCAAAAAACUCGACCAACACGAGCGAAUUCGCGUGGAGGAGAGACGUACCUUGUUCGCUCGCCUCAGAGCCCUCUCGGGGAAGCCAGUUGUGCUGAGAGAGCAUCUAUCACGCUACACGCUCUCUACCAUUUGCAGAAUGGUCUUGACCAACAAGUAUGUUGGCGAAUUAGACGAAGAGGGGACGAUCAUCGAUGAGCAUGGCAUGGCGGAGAUGAUGCGCGAGUGGUUUGUGCUCAACGGAGUGUUCAAUAUUGGUGACUGGAUUCCGUGGCUGGGCCCGCUUGAUCUUCAAGGGUAUGUGAAGAAGAUGAAGGCUUUUCGCAAGAAAUCGGAUUGGUUUUUCGGGUUUGUGAUCGAUGAUCACUUAGCUAAAAGGGCAAGAGGCGGCGGUGAUGCAGAUUUUGUUGAUGCGUUGCUGGAGAUAGCUGAGGAUCCUAAUGCUCAACUUGAGCUCACAAGGGAUUGUCUCAAGUCAUUGAUCAUGAAUGUGGUGCUUGCUGGCCCGGACACCUCAAUCACAGCGGUCGAAUGGGCUAUACACGAAAUGCUCAGGCAGCCGCAAAUAAUUGAGAAAGCGAGAGAAGAACUGGAGAGGGUGAUCGGAAGACACAAAUGGGUGGAAGAGAAUGAAUUCACUAAGUUGCCCUACAUUGAUGCCAUCAUCAUGGAAACAUUCCGAUUGCAUCCGCUUGCCACGCUCUUACCCCAUUACGCAAUUAAGGAUUGCAACGUUGCAGGGUACCACAUAUCUAAAGGGACUACCGUGCUCGUGAAUACAUGGAGCACGGGUAGGGACCCGAUUACAUGGGAUAGAGCUGAGGAGUUCGUGCCAGAGAGGUUUGUGGGGAAACAAACGGAUAUGACCGGAAGUAAUUUUGCCCUACUGCCGUUUGGCUCAGGCAGGAGGAUGUGCCCGGGAUACAACCUCGGACUUAAGAUUGUUCGAACAACGCUGGCUAAUUUGUUGCAUGGAUUUGAGCUUAAACUGGAUGAGGGCAUGAGGAAUGAAGAUGUGAGCAUGGAGGAACAAUAUGGACUUGCCACAAACCCUAAACACCCUGUUUCCAUCGUUAUGAAACCUACACUUCCAACCCACCUUUACUAAAUUAUUUAUUGAUUGUUAUAUAUUUUCAACAAGAAUUCUACAUAUAUUAAUAUGGAUUAUUUCUGAUGUGUGUGCGUAUAUAUAUAUGUGUGUGAAUUGUAGUGAUUCCACCUGAAUGGACAAGAUCUGUUUAUCAAAUUAUAUCACUCUUAAAUUAUGUAGUUGAGUACUUUUGUGUUUAA